CAUACGUCCAGAAGUGCCAUUCGUCUGCCUGCUCAAUGACAACCUUGCCGGGAUAGCCGUCGAAGAGCUGCCGAGACCAAGCGACAGCACACAUACAGGAGACGUAACCCGAGCAAUGAGCUGGGCUGACCAGGAGGGUCUCGAUCUCAACAUCACAUUUUGGCUAGCGAUACAAGUAGUGGGUAGACAUGGUCUCAAGCACAAGCCAAGGCACUGUGGUCUAUUGCAGCUGUUGAAAGAACUGGUCGGCCAGACAGUCCACGGCUUGCCUUCGCCGGCUCCAGUAUGGCGCGAAGGCACCGAUGAGAAGGUGAAACCUAAAUCGAAGGAUCGAACGACGAUCACUCAUCACAGCUUAAGACGCAAGACUCAACCUUACGCCACUCCGGGGAAAAACUACGAGGCUGCCUACAAGGCCAGCUUGUCGCUUUCGCCUUCUGCCCGCCGACCGUGGGGUAGACUGGUCCGCUGCUGGAGAUAUAGUGUCAGAUGCUAUCGAUCACUAUAUGCGACGCGAAGCGAUCCGGAUGUACAGGUGCCGGCCCGAGACACCAAUCAGGGUACGAUGCCGUUCAAAAGAGCCGUUGUCACAGCCCAGUACGUGAGACUGCACCUACUGUAUGCUGCCUCGCUGAGAUUUCCCUAGGGUCCACAUUAGCCGUGCCGCCUUGCAAGCUUCUUACCUGUGCUUUGCGAAAGCUUCGUCCCUGAGGGAAGAUCCGUGCCGCAGAAGGGUCAGGAGUCUGAGGUACAGUA